ACUGCUCUGUGCUUUUAGAAGUGAAGAAGCUAUGAAGACGAGCCGGGUUUGGGUUCUCGUUCUCAUCCAGCUCUGUGAAGCCUGGGCGCAGUUGGUGUUUGAGCGUCUGGCGGAGGGCCAGUCUCUGGUCCUGUCCUGCUCCCCUCAGAAGGACCACGGCAGCCCUUCAGGCCUCCAGCUUUACCACCAUGGUGCCCAGAGCCAGACCACCCUGCUGUCGCUGAGCGAGGCUGGGGAGGUCAGGGUCGACCCGGAGAUCAGGACUCGUCUGCAGCUCUGUGGAGGUCUGGACUCCCCAAAGGCCAACAUGACCAUUUCUGACCUGCAGCAGAGCGACACGGGCCUGUACAUGUGGGAGCUGAGCUACCGGGACGUGAACGGCUCCGAUCACAUCGUCCUCGGCUCACAAAAGAUCUUCCUGUUGGUUGAAGCGACGUCGUGCCGCUGCUCUCAGAGCUACCCUGCUCUGCUCUGGAUCAACGUCACAGCAGCAGGACUUGUGCUGACGCUCAGCUGGCUGGCCAUACGCACAUGUGUGAGUGUUCAGGCGACGACGAGGCCUCAUCCCCGACCGCAGCCUCAUUUUCCAAUCUACGAGGAAAUGAGCAGGAAGCAGCAGAGCCCCGGAAGCCCUCAAAAUAACCAGGAAGCCUCCUCGCACCUGGAGGAAGUCAGCUUCCCCGUCUACGCAAACCCCAACAUCCGACCGCCGCAGGACAACUACUACGCCUGCCCCAGGCAGCUCGCCCUCAGAGCCUGAGCGCGGCGGCGGCGUCGCGUCCACAGACAAUCACACCAGCAACAAACAAGCAAAGGGCGACAGCUUCAACAGCCAAGAAAAAAAUGCUAUUUUAUUAAUAUUUGAAAGAAGCUCCAUAGUUCAUGAAAACAUUUGUUUCGGUGCAUGUCAUUUAACAAUCACAUUCUAUGAGGAGAAAGAGAUAUACAGAGAAAAAAUAAAACAUUACAAGCCACUGACUUCUCAUUAACUCUCAGUACAGACAUUUUUACUUAAUAUUUCAAAAAAAAAAAAAAAA